UGCAAGGUGACCCUUUGGGAUGUCAUUGCGCCUUUGAAGACCAGGCAAACGGAAACCCAUUGUGAGAGAACAAUUUGGAAAAACUUCUGUUGAAAGUAUUUGAUGCUUAGACAAUGCAGAGGAAUUUACUUAUCAAUACAUUUUUUUGUGUGUGUGAAGAACAAAAAGACAAUGGGUUUCCGCAUACCAGGUAUUAGAAGGGCAUCAAUUAGUACAACUCAAGCAGCUUCAAAGGGGAGUGAAGUCCCAAGAGGCUAUCUUGCAGUCUACAUUGGAGAUAAAAUGAAGCGGUUCAUAAUUCCUAUCUCAUACUUGAACCAACCAUUGUUUCAAGAAUUACUAAGUCAGGCAGAAGAAGAAUUUGGGUAUGAUCAUCCAAUUGGUGGUCUUAGAAUUCCAUGCCUUGAGGAUGAGUUCCUAAAGCUCACCUCUCUCUGGAAGGAGUUGUAAAUCAUUUAGACAGAGAUAGAUUAGCUGAGGCAAAUGUACAGAAGGCACUUUCUUUUUACUGUAAAGAUUUUUCAUUUAAUCUCUUCUUUUUGUCAUUUCUUUGGAAUUGUAAAAAUUUAUUGCAAUGAGAAAGUUAUGAUACAACAAUGUU